UUUAUGUCAUAAUUCGUCAAAAUCUGACGACCCGAUUUCCACGAGGGAUCUCGGAUACUAAAUACAACCAAGUCGAUUCCUUUUAUACAGACAUAUAAAUAUAUAUACCGUUUACUCAAAGAUGUAACUUUUUGUGGACAUCAUUUUUGACUUUGGCGUUUUUUUAGUGUUGUCUUGUGAAAAAUUUCAAUGGAUCUUAUGAUCGAACUCUCGAAAAAACGACUUAUAAUUGUUCGUGAUUGAAAACAUCUUUCUGUAGAUCUACAGCAACAUUAUCAACAUCAAUAUCAUCAACAUCAUCAACCCAGAAAAACUCUGGGAAGCUCUGAAAAACGGAACGCUAGACAUGAUUAACUCCGACCAUUCUCCCUGCACCGUGGACCUGAAAACUCCUGACUUCUUGCAGGCCUGGGGAGGGAUCUCUUCUUUACAAUUUGGACUUCCAGUUGCCUGGACUGGAGCUAGGAAGAGAGGAGUUACACUGCAACAACUAGCCAAGUGGAUUUCAACAAAUCCAGCGAAAUUAGCUGGAUUGGAAAAGAGGAAAGGUGGUAUCACUCCCGGAAUGGAUGCUGAUUUCGUUAUUUGGGAUCCAGAGGAAAUUAUUACGGUGAAAACCACCGACAUCCUUUACAAGAAUAAGAUCAGCCCGUACGAAGAUCGAGACUUAUUCGGAAAAGUUCAUGCCACGAUUCUAGCUGGAGAAUUCAUCUUCAAAGAUCAAAAGGUUGUGGAAAAACCCCUGGGAAAAUUACUCCUCAAUGAGAACUGGAACUAAAAAUAAAAUUCGAAAUUUGUUUGUGUUCAACACAAACUUACAAUUACCGAUAGAUCGACAACUCAUUGAUCCUAUCAAGGGUGAAAGAACACACAAUCUAGAGGAAGAAAAUUGAAAGAUAUAGUAAAGAUAUGAAAAAUCAAAAUAAAACUAAACAAGUUGAUAAUUGCAUUUCAUUGGAAUGCAUGUAGUUGUUGUUGCUAAUAAAUUAUCAAUUAGCUUCCGAAUGGAA